CGAGGAAUACCUCAGCUUUAGAAAACAAAAAAGCAAAGAUGGGAAACAGGACUGUUGGAAAAUGCUGUGCUGCAUAUCCCUGUCUUUUCUUCGGACUUCUGUAUUUGUAUUGGUAUGAGGGAGUCAUUAGACAAAGCUUGCAGGAGCAAAAUAUCAUGUGCAAUGCUGAGGGAUGCUAUUCUAUUCAUCUCCAGCGCAAUAACUUCUUGGAUUCCUGGAGGAGCUGCAAGGAUAAAGGGGGGAACCUGGCUACCAUUAAAGGACCAGAAGAAGCUUCCAUGAUCCAUGACCUCUUAUCGUCAGGGAUCAGAAGUCAUUCCCGGCCCAAAAUCAGGUUGUGGAUUGGCCUUCAGCGACAGCCUAGGCAGUGCUCGGUCAAGAGCCCUUUGAGGGGCUUCACCUGGAUCACUGGGGAUCAAGAAACACAGUAUACGAACUGGCAACAUGAUGGCUUAGACAGUGCUUGUGCUGCUCAUCGAUGUGUGGUCAUUUCCUACAACACAGCUAAAAAAAGAGGCAACGGCAAGAACAACUUCAAAUGGGUCGAUGGAUCUUGCGUAGUGGACGUGGAAGGUUUCCUGUGCCGCUACACCCACCAUGGGAUGUGCCCAGCUCUUCAGAAAGAAGGAGGGGCCCCUGCAGUCUACACCACCCCAUUUGAACUGACAAGUACUGUUCUUACUCACAUCCCUAUUGGUUUUGUGGCAACUCUUCCUUGUCCCGAUGGUGACAAGGAAGACCAGUCAGUGAUGUGUAUGAUGAGAGAGGACAGAAGUGUUGGAUGGUCAAAGGAUGCACCACUCUGCACUGACACUCCGAUGGACUGGUGCAAACAGGACAAUGGUGGCUGUGAGCACUACUGUGUGAACUCAGAUACCCAUUACUACUGUGAGUGCUCUGAGAAUUAUGUUCUGGAAAAAGACGGAAAAACCUGCAAGCUCGUGGAUCCCUGCUACAGCGUCAACUGCGAGUUUGAGUGCGAGUCCACUCCUCAGGGACAUCGCUGCAAGUGCCCUGAGGGGUACCUCCUGUCUGCUGACAAUCAGAAAUGUGUGGAUGUGGAUGAGUGCUUGCAAAAACCAUGCCAGCAGGAAUGCGUCAAUGCACCUGGUACAUUCGAGUGUAGAUGCAACGAGGGCUUCCUUCCAUCUGAGUUCGGAGAAUGUGUGGAUGUGGAUGAAUGCAUGGAAAAAAAAUGCGUUCAUAUUUGUGAGAACUUGCCUGGUUCCUACAUGUGCCAUUGUCCUGACGGAUUCUCUCCACACAAAGAAGAUCCAGAGAAAUGUGAAGAUAUCGAUGAGUGUAAAAGAGAAAUUUGCGAGCAGGUGUGCAGAAAUUAUAAUGGUGGAUUUGAGUGUCUUUGUAAGGAGGGUUAUAUGCUGCAAGAGGACAAAUACUUAUGUCGGCCAGUCAACGAGAAUAAAUCACUAACAGUUUCCCCAACAGUAGAAUGGCAUCCAACUUACCUGAGCUGGUCGACAGAGAAGACAGAGGAAAGAGAUGUGACCACCCAAACUUCAAACUCACCUUCAUCAAACUUUUUGAUGAUGCACCUAAGGAAGGAAAUAUCAAUAGCAACUGGUGAUAAAGUGGGUGUAAGGUCUUCAGGAAACAAAAGACUCUCAGAGGCUUCAGAUUCUGUCACGCUCACUCCUCCAACAUCACAAAUAUCAGAAUAUACACUGGCAUCAGAAACAAAACAGCCUCCCGAUGACAGGAAGAAACAUGACAAAAGCUGGCUGAUUGUGGCACUGCUGGUAAUGCUAUGUGUUUUUGCAGUGGUCAUAUUAGCGUUAGGCAUUGUUUAUUGCACAAGUUGGGCUGUAGAGACACGGAGACUGUCACCGCUCAACCACCCCCAAGCCUAAAAAAUCGAUCACAGCAAAAUCUCGUGCUUGAGUAAUGUACAGUUAACAUGACUUUAAAAAAAAAAAUAGACUUCCUCAAGCUGUUUUGAUGUGAUCACACUGAUGUCACUUUGGUAUUCUAGGAUCCUGUGGUACAUAAUGGCAAAAUAGUCACUAUGUGCACAAUUUAACAUUCAGAUAUUCUUUUCAGACAAUGGAGAGAAUAUCAAAAAUUAUUGUCCAGUGGAAGUGGAGCAGUAACCACCAGUGUAAAGUGGAACAAUACAAACACAAUUUAGCAUGCAUCCCUUUUUCAAAUAAUACAAUGAAUGAGAAUU